AUGGAUUUAAGUUUAUGUCAAGGGCGUGACGAUGAGGCAACCACAAUUACUUCCACUGAUUUAAGAGGUCCACGACGGAAAACUGCACAAUACUACCGUGAUUACAGAGCACGGAAACGAGCGGAGAUGGAAAAAGAGUUAUUGUAUAGAAUAAGUGAUCCUUCUACGAAUGAUAAUUCUUUUAGGAGGACGAGGAAAACAAACGCGGAAUACCAGAGAGAGUACCGAGCACGACUAAAAGCCAAACGUAACAAAAUGCUCAAUGAUUCGCUAGCUGUACGUCCAGCAACUUCGACAGGGGGAUUUACUACGACUCAUCAAUCAACAGUAGUAGACCAACUAACAUCUACUGGGCUAGGAAAUGUUUGUCUAUACAAGGACGGGCAGAGUUUCAGGAAGGAAUAUCAAUCUGGUAAAAGGAUAUCUUGGAGGUGCGUCAAGAGAGGAUGUCCACUGUUCUUCCGAAGCGAGAAAGGCACGACGAGAUUGAUUUUUGAAGGUAUUCGUUUCUCGAAGAACUACCAAAACGGCAGUAAAAUAUCUUGGAGGUGUAACAAGGCUGGCUGCAUCGCUCGUGUUAAUACUAUUGAUGGUGAUGCUGUAGUGUUCACAUUGUCUAGAUUCGGUAAACCUCAACUGCGCUAUGGACAGUACAGAUUUAGUGAACGACGAAAAGCUGGACCUAAAACGAACUGGCAAUUGGGCCGUCCGGGAGCUAUAAAGUUCGAGACCACGAAGUUUGGUAAUCCUACAAUAACGUGGGGUAACUAUCGGUUUACUAAGAAGCUGACCAGACAUCUCAAGACAUGCGGGGUCUUAACAAAGUUUUUGAUUUCAGAGCCCAAGUUCGGAUUGUCUCAGCGCGGUAAUCUCGUGGUCCAAAUCGGUGAAUGGCGUUUUAACAAGCACGCCUCAUGGGGCUCGAAGGUCAGGUGGACUUGUAUAAAGAAGAAAUCUGGAUAUUUGACUCCCGUGUUUGCACAAUCCCAGCGAGGUAACCCUGUCAUUAUGAUUGGACAGUAUCGUUUUAACAGAGUCAAUAAGUACGGCAGCCGGACGAGAUGGGUUUGCGUGAAGGCUAAAGCUGGAUGCAGAGCUUCCUUACACACUAUGGAGAACGCCAUCGUUAGAGUAUGGGGCUUCCACGAUCCCAUGGCACACACGAUUCCAGUGUUCGGCAAAACUCGUGCCGGUAACCCCGUCAUAAUGGUUGGUACGUACCGCUUCAACAAGGUGAAUCGUUCCAAGGGUCCGAAGAUCAGGUGGACCUGUGUGAAGACUCCGUUUGGCUGCAGGGCGGCAAUAUACACCAUCGAUGACGUCAUCAUCAAAACAAUAAACGAUCACAACCAUUGA